ACAUAACAAGAGCAACACAGUAUCGCACAUAAAAUCAUGCAUAUCAUAAACGUUUCAUGUUUCAUCGAGGACCCCUAGGUAACGAUAUCUAGCUUAUACGCCGACAACUUAUCAUUGAUGGAAGGCCUAGACUUGAAAAUGUGAAGUGAUUCCAGAAUUCUUAAAUUAAAGUUUGAACGUUUUUUGUCAAUGACCUUAAAAUCGUCCAACGAAAAUGGUACGUCGCAUGUCAACGAAUGGUCUCUAACAGAAAAUAUAACAGAAAUCUCUAAUUUUGUGACUUGGGGGAACUCACACUUGAUGAACCGCGAGGAUUGCUCGUAAUUUCAAUUCCAUUCUCAAUCGCUCAAAAUGCUCAAUAAAAUUCAGCUUCCGAAUUAUGGCCUUGCCCUAAUUAGUGCGCUUGCUCUUGUGAUAUCGCUGAACGAAAUCGAAUCGAUGCUUGACCGACUGUCGUAAUUAAAUUUGUGCGCUCACCGUCUCAAGGCACCGAAUUCUGCGAAGAUCCAUCAGUUUCACCCCAGAGCACACCAACUGCCUGGAGUACGGGACGUCUCGGCGGCUGGGAGAGUGAGUCGGCAUGGCCGUUCCCAAGCUGCCCCCGCGCGACCUGCGGCCGCUCGUGUGCCGCUACAAGCCGUGCACGCAGAACGGCAACUGGUUCGAGGACCGCUACAGGAAGGACGACUGCGUGCGCGACUUCCUCCGGCGCAGAGAGCGAGGCGAGCUGAUGAUCCAGAAGGCGGACGCCAUUAUCAGUCAGCUGCUGGCGCCGGUGCGCCUUCUGCCGGCCGUCGACGGUAACAUCUGGAUCGGCGACAGCAUCCAGCUGAGAUGUCCCGGCGUGGUCUGGGCCGCCGGGGGACGCUGCAACCAGGUACCCGAGGUGGCGCUCUCCGCCAACGUGUUCGACAUUGCUCGCGCGUGUCCCACCCAACUGACCUCUCCGACGGCCGUGUGCGCCUCGCUGCGGCUCGAGCCGUGCGCCAGAAACGUCUUCACGGUGACCCGUCCGGACGGCUCGGUCAGCCGCGAGGUUCUGCGGUACGGGCAGCCGUUCAGUCUGCGUCUCCAGGACGGCUACCCGGCCGGUCUGUACCUGACCAGCGAGCCGCCCACCGCCUACUGCGUGCCGCCCAACGAGGCUCGUCAGCAGGCUGUGCAGCUGACCCAGUGCCGCGCGCCGGCCGGCCGCUGGGUGGCGCACCUGCUGGAGAACAGCCACCGUAUGGAGGCGGAGGGGAGCCCGGUGCCGGCCGGCAGUCCGCUGCUGGUGUGCCACCAGCCGAGCGGCCAGGCGCUGCGCCUGGAGGCCGGCCACCCGGUCACCUCCCUGCUGGGCCACGAGUGGGAGGUGACGGCGCACGCGACCACCGACAGCCGGCGCCGGCCGCUGCCUGAGAACCGCUGGUGCCUCAGCGCCCUGCCGCUCGGCGCCGCCUGACUGACCGAGCGCGCGGUGGGUCACCGAGGGACAGGUGGAGAGCGCAGAAAUCCCACACCACCAGGAGAAACGAGACAAGAGACGAGGCGAAACGAGACAAUAACGGGAUGAUCUUUGUCCAUAACGGAGAAUGAUGCAUUGCGCAUUGUAGAACGUUUCAUUGCUGAUAUUAUAGUUUUUGUGAUUAAAUUGUGCCAUGGAAAACUUUUCUUCAGUGGUGUGUGCAAGACCCAAGUUUCUGCUGAAUUCGUCGCUGAAAUUUGCUGGUCACUUGUGGCAGUGUCUCGUCUCUGUUAUGGUUAAAGGGGGCGGUUGAGCGAUCUAGUGAACUUGCUUAUUUCAAAUCAGAUAAAACGUAUUGCAAAGUUACGUUGGUUCGUCUUGUGGUUCGCCAUGUAUGUACCUAUUGUGAUGCGUAAUUGUUGUGCGCAUGCAAUUUUAAGCAACUUUUUUGGUAAUGACAAGACUCGGGCUGUAUUUUGUACCUAUUUAAUUGUCUCUGUGCCGGCUGAUCAUGAUUGUCACAUGUUAGACCGCUAACUAAUAUCUCUUAAAGAUUCGUCAGCUGACGUUCAAGCUCGAGUUGUUUAUUGAAAUAAAUUAGAGCAAUUGGUA